AUGUCGUCCUCGUCUACAACUGAACCAAAACUAGCAUUUACAUCUUUAUGUAUUUGGCCAGCUUAUGGUGCAUUACCUUCUUUUGAUCCUGAAUGUCUUAGUGUUCUUGCACAUUUCGCUUUCUCCCGAUUGAAUGUUCCUAUUAAAACAAAUCUUGGUCGAUUAAUGUUUUAUAAAGAACGUUUACCUCUUCUACUUAGUGAUAAUGAUAAUAUACAUCUAGCAGCAGGUUAUGAAGCUAUUGUUGAGCUUUGUAAAAGAUCGCAUAUCGAUAUUGAUGAACAAUUUCAUGCUAAUAUUGCUGAUUUACUUGCAUUAAAUGCGCUUGUAAAAUCAGCAUUUGUACCAGCUGUCCUUGAUACAUUUUGGCUUGAUGAUACAUAUCGAAGUUCGAUUAUAAAUAUUUAUGCUCGAUCACUUGGUGGGUUUCCACUUGCUUUCUUUUAUGGUAAACAAAAAACAGAAAAAAUUAAAAAACAAUUUAAUAUUAUUUAUGGUGAUAAUAAUUUUGAUCAAACUCGAAAAUCGAUAUUUGAAAAAGGCAAAAAAGUUUUAGAUCAUUUAACUGUUGUACUCGGAACUAAACCAUUUCUAUUUGGUGCUAGUCCAACAAGUGUUGAUGCGUUUGUUUUCGGUUAUUUGGCUCCAUUAAUUCAUGGUCCUGCCUCGAAUAGUGCACUUGCACGUUAUGCUUCAAGUAGAAAAAAUCUACGUGAUUUUGUUGAUCGAAUAUUAACAGUAUAUCUUGGUGAUCUAGCAAAAGAAAGUGCUACAGCUGAUUCUGUAUCAACUACAAUACCGACAAGACCAAAUGAAGAUCGUCUUCGAGAUAAAGUAGCAGUAAUUGCUGUUGGUAUAUUAACCAUGUGUGCCUAUGCAUAUCUAUCCGGACUUGUUCGUAUUGAAAUUAAUCAAACAGUUUUUGAUGUGGAUAAUUUAAUUGAAAAUAUCGCUUAUAAAUCAACUGAUGGAAAUGUUGUUAAUGAAAAUUUUGAUCCUAAUUUAUUAGAAAGUAAAUUUCGUCAAGCUAUGUCAAUUUUACAAGACUAUCAAGUUCAAACUGAACAAAAUAUAAAACAUCUUGAAGAAGCAUGUGAAAAAGAACGAAAUACGUGGGCAAAUAGUGUUGCACAACUCGAAGAGUUAUAUCAAUCGACAUAUACUGGUCAACAAGAACUUGAAAUGCGUAUAAGUGUUAUAUCAACAAAAGUUAUUCAAAUAGGUCAUCAACUUGAAAGUAAAAGUAAUCCACGUCAACAAUUAAUUGAUGCAAGAACAACAGCAAAAUAUCUUGAACGUUUUCUCGAUGCAAAUGAUGAUGUUAGUUUAAUGUUUCAAGAUGCAUCAAAACUUGAACAAGCAGCACAUAUUAUUCAUCAAUUAUACAAUGUUUUACAAGAAUUACCUGAUGAACCGAAAUUUAUUGAGGCAAAAACAAAAGUUAAAGAACGUUAUUUAGCUAUUGAAGACGAAUUAUUAUUAGAAUUUUCUCGUGCACAAGUUCGAAAUGAUAAAAAAGCUAUGAAAAAAUAUAUUAAAUUAUUAUCAAAAUUUAAAGGUCAUAAUGAUUGUAUUCAAAAUUUUAUUACUGAUUGUUUAAAAGGUUAUUUUGAUAAUCCAAAUAUUGAUAUAUUCUAUUCCAUUCCACAAUUAUUUACUAAAGUUUCUGAAUUAAUAAAUGAAUUAUUUGAUCAACCUGAAAAAGUAAUAGAGCGGCUAAUUAUUACAGUGUAUACAGAAAAAUUAGCUCCUUAUGUUCGUGAUCAACUCGAUGCAUAUGUGCGUAAUCCAGAUUUAGAUAAUAUGGAAAAAUAUCUUCAAACUUUAUAUACUUUGAGUAAAAAAGCAACAAAAUUAUCAAAUGAUUUACAAACACAAAAAAUUAGCGAUGAUCCUGCUUUUUUACAUAAACUUAAUCAACAUGUUUUUAAAAGUUAUCUCAAAACUUAUAGCAAAUAUGAAAUUAACUGUUUGGAAGAAAAAUUUCAAGUUCAUCUUGAAAGAGUUGAAUCAACCGGUGGUCAACGAAGAAUUAAACCAACUGGAUUAAGUAUAACUGAUAUAAUUCAACAACGUUUAUUAAAUACAACUGAUCAAGUUGAUGAAUCUCGUUUUUCACCUGAUUUAGCUGCUGCUCUAUUAAAUGAUUGUAAAACAGCAAUGAAUCGAAUAACAACUUUAUCUGAAGGACCAGAAGCUUCAGAAAAUAUUCUUCAAUGUUUCUUGCGUUUACUUAAUGCGUUAGGUACUCAACAUAUUGAAACAGAAUUACAAUAUAGUUUACAAGCUAUACCUGGUCCCGAACCAAAACAAGAACCAGAUAUACGUUUUUUUCAUGCUAUACUUCAAACAAAUAAUAGCAUACAAUUAAUUGAACGUUAUUUUGUUAUGGAUAUUGCUCCAUUACUUUUAGGUACUCAACAACAAGCAAUACUUUUACAAACCAAAGAAAAAGUUUUUGGUCAAUUAGAAGAAUUGAUUAAUAUUGGCGUUGAUAAAGCUCUAUUAUGUAUGAUUGGUUAUGUUCGUAAUAUUCUUAAUGAACAAAAACGAUCAGAUUUUAAACCAGAAAGUGAUCUUUUUAUAUCUGAAUGUUCACCUAUAUGUAAACGAGUAGUACGUUCAAUUGAUAAUCAAAUUGUUCGUCUUGAUCAAACAGUUGAUGGAAAAAAUUUAACAAGUAUUUUAAAUGAAUUUGGUCUUCGUUUCCAUCGUUUAAUAACAGAUCAUGUUUUUAAAUUUGAAUAUAAUAUAUCAGGUGGCUUAAUGAUGUUACAAGAUAUAAGUGAAUAUAAAAAAUGUUCAAAAAAAUUUCGUAGUUCAACUGUUGAACAAUUAUUUUCUAUUUUGCAUGCACUUGUUAAUUUGCUUGUUGUUGUUCCUGAUAAUCUUCGUCAAGUUAUUACAGAAGGACAUCUUGCAUCAUUAACACGAGAUAUAAUUGAAUCAUUUGUACAAUUACGUACAGAUUAUAAAUCAGCUAGAUUACAUGCAAUGAUCACUACUGACCAAUAA